UGUUAUUAGUAGCCGUAUGAUAAGCAUAAAUCUUGGACGUUCCAAACGUUUAUUGUGAUCCAUAUUGUAUACUAUCAUGCUGGCCUACAAAUGUGUAUUGAAAGUUUCUUGUGGUGGGUACUUCCCAUAACCGAAAAGUUGUUUCUCGCACAACGACUGCGACACAUGGGGGUGCUAUUAUUAAAAAGGGAAACCUGUACGAACGAAAUGCAAUGACGUCGACUAGAAGUGAAGUGUACUCGACACAUCAUUAGGGUAAUGAAUUUUUGGAUAUGGGUGAUCACAAGAAAUGUACCCUAGACAAGUUUAGAGGUGAUGCACUUAACACUUUUAGUUUUGCUGCUAGUCAUUCUAAAGGAAGUUUUGCCAACAUUUCUGAUGCAUCAUAUCAUGCUCGAUCUUUGAGUGAAAGUUGGGUCUUCUACAGUUUUAUUGGAGGUGUACAGAUAAGCUCAAAUUUCUCAACGAAAAUUCAAAAUCCCAACAAGGCAAUUGUUACAAUAAACGCAAGAACAACAGAGAUUCUUGUUGCAAACAAAAUGGCUUGUCAGUUGUUUGGUGUUAAUGGUUCAGAACUGCAUGGCAAGAAAUUGUGUGAUUUUUUCUCAAAGAGAAAAGGCCAGUAUAUUCUGACUGAAACUGAAUUAGAAUCUAAUGGAGAGUUGGUUGUGAUAUCUGGAAAAAUACUUGAUUUGAUUGAUGCUGUGGGAGAUACCACACCUGUAUCUGUAUGGGCACGUCAGUUACCAGAGGAUGAUGAGCCUCGUUGUGUUGUUGUAAUGGAACCUGUUGAAAGAACAACAGCUUCUGUCACAUUUACACCACAGGGUGUGAUUACAAACUGUGACUACAAUUUUGCAACAUUAUGUGGUUAUCUAAACCCCGCUGAUGCAAAACACCAUAAUAUUAGAGAUAUUAUACCCUCUGUAGUGCUGCCACCUACUGAUAGUUGUGGAAAAAAGAUACCAAAAGACAUACGAAAACAGCAAGCAACUGGUCGCACUCGAGAUGGUGCUACAUUCCCAUUAAGUAUCCUUAUUGAGCCACUGUUAAAUAUAGACGCCAUACAAUCAGAAGAAUUAACUUCAGAAAAUCACUCUGAAAUUCAGUUUCUGGCUACUAUUUGGGUAUUUGCUAACAUCAGUGGUAUGAUCACUGUUUUUCCUGAUGGCACCAUUCAUAGCUGUAAUGCAAAUUUUUCACUGAUGUUGUUUGGUUACAGUCAGAGUCAGCUUGUGGGAAAGAAUAUAUCAAAUUUAAUUCCAAGUUUUUAUGAUGAUCUUGAGUUCUUGGACACAGACUCAAUGCCCCUUCCUCCGUUAGAUGAUGAUGAUGACGAUGAUGAUUCACAUGUGGUUUGUCCAUCAGAUGGUCGUACAACAGCAGAGUCAAUUGUCACUGAUCCUCCGAGACCAACAAAUCCUGUUGGAAAACAGAUAGACCUAAUGCUUGAAGAUAUUGUUGGUUCUGUUCAAGGACUAGCAUUAAGUAGACCAAAGCCUACAUCCACCCCUGUUUUAUCUCCAGAAUCUUCAGUGACUGAGUCAUUAACUUCAUCGAGAUCUACUGAUGUUCAUUCUUUUAAUGGAAAACCUUCAGUAUUUCUAGAGGAGAGUAAUCAUUGUAUUUCAGCCCCUGUGAGUAUGAAUCCUGUAGAUGAUAAAAAACAACCCUGCAAAACCACUAUGUCUUUACCAAUAACAAACUUAGACUUUAAUGAAGAUAUACUAGAUAAACAAACUGCAGAGUUGGUGGUCACAAGGGAUAAUUCUCAAAGCACUGGAAGCAGUGAGAACACAAAAUCUGCAAAUCUGUGUACAGAAAACAGACAAGAUGCAUUUGGGUUCAGUAGUGAAGAUAUUGGCACAGGUUCCUCCACAAAACCUGAAAGUUCUGUUAAUGGUUGGAUUACAGAAUUUGGUGACUAUCAGAUUAAACAAUCAGAGAGUUUUCAUUCCACAUCCACAACAACAGCAAGUACUAUUCACAGCUCUACGGAAAGUGCACCCACAGACUUUGUACACGUUAAUACUGAUGCAAUGUCCACCAAGGGAAAUGCUGCCUUGCCAUUUGAACAACUUGCUAAAGAAGUUCUGUCUUGUCAGUUUAGUAAUGAAACUGUUCUUAGCAUUCCUGAAGGUAACUACUUUGGCAUUGGAAGGCAUCGAGAUGGAUCAGACUUAGCAAUUGUUUACCAGAUUAAGAAGGUAGACUUAGAUGACGGUCAGACCUUAUACUGUUUGUGGGUGUCCCGUGAUCCUGAAGAGGUUGGAGAGGGAGGAAGACAGUUCCAUUCAUUUAACCUGGCAUCUAGUUUUAAUAGCACACUUGGUGUAGGUCUUGAUGCCUCAACUCAAUCUCUUCAACAGCAAUCCUUACUUGAAAAGAGUGUCAGUCAAAGCCUUAGUGUCAGUCAAUCAGCAGCAGCAGAACCUCCAGACACUGAGUAUGUUAAAGGAAGUUAUGCUGACCAUUAUACCACUCUUCAACAAAUUGGGAAGGGUGCUUUUGGUUGUGUAAAGAUGGCUUUUCGGAACACUGAUGGUGUUAUAGUGGUAACUAAAUUCAUUCGCAAGGCCAAAGUGUAUGAAGAAUGUUGGGUGUUUGACAGUAUUAUGGGGAAGCGAGUUCCUUUGGAAGUGAGUCUUUUAACAACAUUGAAGCAUCCAAGCAUUGUUCAGGUGAUUGAUGUGUAUGAAAAUGAAAAAUACUUCCAAAUGGUAAUGGAAAAACAUGGAUCAGGAAUGGAUCUUUUUGAAUUCAUAGACAGGAGCCCAAAUUUAGAUGAAGCUUUAGCUAGCUACAUCUUUCGGCAGGUUGUGUCAGCCCUGUCCUACAUGCACAGCCUCAACAUCCUUCAUCGAGAUGUAAAGGAUGAGAACAUUAUUCUUGACCAAUAUUUUCAUGCCAAGCUCAUUGACUUUGGGUCUGCAUCUUUCAUGGCAGCUGAUCGAUACUUCUCAACUUUUUGUGGAACAAUGGAGUACUGUAGUCCAGAAGUUCUUAAGGGAAACAAAUAUCGUGGUCCAGAGUUAGAGAUGUGGGCACUAGGGGUAACUCUCUAUACAUUAGUUUUUGGAGAAAAUCCUUUUUUUGAUGUUGAUGAAACAAUUGCUGCAGUUCUCAGGCCCCCCUUCAAAGUGUCAAACGACCUGACAGACUUGAUAUCAUGGUUACUUCAUCCAGACCCCCAACAUCGAUGCACCCUCUCUGAAGUAGAAAAACAUCCAUGGACAACUCAAGAAGUUUGUCCAGAGAAUUAUAAUUUUGAAAAUGUUGUUCGCACUGUCCCAGAAGAAAUAGAUCCACCAAUGUAUUAUCACAUGGAGUCAUCAUCUCAUGCAUCUGUAGUCCCAGCUCCUGAGCUGGCAAGUUCCAAGACAGUUGAGUUUGGUCUUGAGGCUUGUGGAAAGUUCACCAGAACUAACUCCUCAUUGCUCAUUGAGGCUUCAUCAUACACAGAUGAUCAAGAAAUAUACUUUUAGAAAAUUACUGUUUGAUUAGCACAUCUUGUUCUAUAGUAAAAUUGGUAUGAAAUUUAUUAAAACUUGAAACACUUCUGCUUAAUAUGGAGUAAAAAUGAGCUUGUUUUACAUUCAGAGAGCGUAAUUUACUUAAUAAAGUUUUAAACUUCAGUAAAACCAAAAAUAUGGGCCUUUAUGAAAUAUACUAUUUGCGAAAUGAUGAUUUCAUUUACAUAAACUGCUUUCUACUAAUAUUGUUAAUAUUUAGAGGUUUUUCUCUGUAAAUAAGAUAUUUAUUUCCUUUUUCUGAAACACUAAGGCAUCUGAUUAUGGGUCCUUAUUUUAUUUACACUGUGUGUGUAAUUAAAACACUUAGUCUUUUGAUGUCCAUGCAUGACGUUUCUUACUACUAAAAAUAUCACUUAGCUUAAAGAAAGUUGGCCACUACUUAUUAGAUUAACAAAGUGAGAUUUAAGUGUAAAUUUGCAGUUUAUUAGUAUAAAUUUAAAAUGGGUAAAAAACAGCAUUCCCUUAAAGUCUUAAAGCAAGGGUUGUUAGAAAUUUUACUAUUUACACAAAUAGAUAUUGCAUUCCAUCAACACUAGUUAUCAUUAGGACUUAUAGGGAUCAAGAUAUUCCAUUGCUUUUUAGAAAAAUGCUCACAAAUGAAAAAAAGGUGAGAAGUCCUUGUGUAUUUUUACAGUGUUGUUUGACACAUAAUGUACAUACAAGAAAGAGUAUUAUUUAUAAAGUAGGCAUUCUUUUAAGUAUCAUUAUAAUAAUAAUUAACUAAACAUUACACAAGAUACUGUAGAUGAGAUCCUAUUACUGCAUUCCUUGCAGAAAGUGUUUUUAGUUUUUGUGUAUUAAAAAAACCUUAUUUGCAAUAAUAUAAAAUGUGACCUGGUUUUAAAUAAGGUGUUUGUAUUUCAGUUUUGCUGUGUUUAAUAAAAGUUUUGUCCUUUUAUGUCAGUCUUAACAAUUAUAUGUAAAUAAUAUAGUCCUAUAGGCUGCCCAAACUUUUUGUUUUAAUGACAACCAAGAAAAAGGGAUAGGAAAAUAAAAUAUUUUGCAAAGGUUUAUUUUUUUAGGUUUACACAGAAAUGUAGCAUUAUUUUUAAAGGUAGUAUAUGCAGUUUCCUUUCUCAGGUUUGGUAUGCACUUAUCGUGAGGAAGUUUUGUUUUGUUUUUUAUUUUAAACAAAAAAUAAGUUUGAAUUAUUUAUAAAACAAACAAAGUUUGGACAGAUGUACUAGUAAAACCUUGGUAAAGCUCUGAAAUGCAUUUACUAAUAAGUAUGUAGCAGGCCCUUUUACCUUAAAAUAUUAAUUUCAAUAUUGUAAUCCAUGUAUAGAAUGACAUUAUAUUUGUAUCAUUACUUAUUAAACCACGUAGUUUGGGUGAGACCUAAACUAGCAGCUACUAAAGAGCAAGAUCGAUCAAGUAUUAAACCAAGGUUGUGAGAAGCAAGUGUUUUCAACAUUGUUAGUAAGAAUGUUAGGUAAUAUGUUUGUACAUAUACUAAUAAUACAUGUUAUCUGGUACUUACAAAUUUAAUUUGAUUCCAAGUUCUGGGUAUAAGCAAGUGUUAGUGUGUUGACUGUGCCUUCAGUCUGUUACAUAUCAUAGCUACAUUUGAUAAUGUUAUUGAUAGGUACUUGUAAGUAAACUGGUAUAAAUGCACUUUUUUUAUUUUCAAUAAUUGAAUAUGCUAUACUAGAACCUCUUUCUAAAAUAUUUUAGUUAAGUCUGAUUGUAAAAAAAAAGUAACUAAAUUGUAAAAUACAUUACCAUAACUGCUUGAAGGUUUUCAAAACUUGUAUUGUGCUCCAUAAUUAUUAACAUUGUAUAAAUAUUCUAGUUUUAAGGAUCAAAAAUAUUUUUUUCUUUAAAAGUUGAU